UCUCUCUCAAUUGUUAGUCUAUGUAUUCCUAAGCUAACUUAACACAGGCUAACUUAACCUAACCUAACCAAACACAACUUAACCUAACCAAACCUACCAUACUACUUGUAGUCCUUCAAGAAUCAAUGUCAAGAUCAAGGAUCAACACAAAGAUCAAGAUCCAUUGGCGCCAAAAGUCGUUUGUGUAUUCCGUGUCUGGUGGAGGGAACAGAGGCGGCGUCCCCGUGGUGCUGUGGUCAGUGGUCAGGUCACGGCGAGUGUGCGGCAGAUUGCGCCUGUGUUUGAGCUGGCCUGGGUCACCUGUGGCCACCUGGUCACCUGUCUACUCUGUGUCUGGUGGAGGGAACAGAGGCGGCGUCCUCGUGGUGCUGUGGUCAGUGGUCAGGGCCCGCCGAGUGUGCGGCAGAUUGCGCCUGUGUUUGAGCUGGCCUGGGUCACCUGUGGCCACCUGGCGGACUGGCGGCGCCUCCCUGGCCUCACCUGAGGGCGUGCAGCAGGACAGCAGUGGCGAGACAGCAAGAACCCACCAGCAAGUCCAUUCUGCCCCAGAGCCCCUCGGGUCAGUGGCCGGCAAGUCCUCCCGUCCAUUCUGCCCCAGACCCCUCGGGUCAGUGGCCGGCAAGUCCUCCCGUCCAUUCUGCCCCAGAGCCCCUCAGGUCAGUGGCUGGCAAGUCCUCUUCUCCAUUCUGCCCCAGAGCCCCUCAGGUGCCAGGUCGGCGUCCAGCGACGGGACUCCCUCCGUGCAUCCUCGGCUCAGGCCCAGGGUUCCUGCAGGACCGGCCGCGGCCAGGAGCAGUGUUGCAAUGGAGGAUGUGACGUCAUGCAGCAGCAGCAGGAACAGCUGGGAGCAGCAGGCGACCCCAGGCGUGAGGACCUACACUUGUGACCACUGCGGCAAAGUGUGCUCCACCAAGGCUGCCAUUGCCAGACACGUCCUCUCCCAUGCCGGCAAGACAAGGCUGAGAGGCAGGAGUGGCCCCACUGAACACACUGCCACCCACACUGGCGGCAGGAACCACAAGUGUGACCACUGCGGGAAGACAUUUGCCCGGAAGAGUCAUCUCUCCUCACACAUCCUCACCCACACUGGGGAGAGAAAGUUCCAGUGCCUGGAGUGUGGGAAAAGAUUCACCCAGAAAGGCCAUCUUGACACACACAUCCUCACCCACACUGGGGAGAGAAAGUUCCAGUGCCUGGAGUGUGGGAAAAGAUUUACCAGGAAGGAUUCCCUUGACACACACAUCCUCACCCACACUGGGGAGAGAAAGUUCCAGUGCCUGGAGUGUGGGAAAAGAUUAACCCAGAAAGGUGAUCUUAACAGACACAUCCUCACCCACACUGGGGAGAGAAAGUUCCAGUGCCUGGAGUGUGGGAAAAGAUUUAUCCGUAAGGAUUCCCUUGACACACACAUCCUCACCCACACUGGGGAGAGAAAGUUCCAGUGCCUGGAGUGUGGGAAAAGAUUUAUCCGGAAAGGCCAUCUUGACACACACAUCCUCACCCACACUGGGGAGAGAAAGUUCCAGUGCCUGGAGUGUGGGGAAAGAUUUAUCCGGAAAGGCCAUCUUGACACACACAUCCUCACCCACACUGGGGAGAGAAAGUUCCAGUGCCUGGAGUGUGGGAAAAGAUUUAUCCGGAAAGGCCAUCUUGACACACACAUCCUCACCCACACUGGGGAGAGAAAGUUCCAGUGCCUGGAAUGUGGGAAAAGAUUUAUCCGUAAGGAUUCCCUUGACACACACAUCCUCACCCACACUGGGGAGAGAAAGUUCCAGUGCCUGGAGUGUGGGAAAAGAUUUAUCCGGAAAAGUAGUCUUGACACACACAUCCUCACCCACACUGGGGAGAGAAAGUUCCAGUGCCUGGAGUGUGGGAAAAGAUUUACCAGGAAGGAUUCCCUUGACAGACACAUCCUCACCCACACUGGGGAGAGAAAGUUCUAGUGCCUGGAGUGUGGGAAAAGAUUUACGUUGAAAGGUCAUCUUGACAGACACAUCCUCACCCACACUGGGGAGAGAAAGUUCCAGUGCCUGGAGUGUGGGAAAAGAUUUACCCUGAAAGGUCAUCUUGACACACACAUCCUCACCCACACUGGGGAGAGAAAGUUCCAGUGCCUGGAGUGUGGGAAAAGAUUUACCCGGAAAUACCAUCUUGACACACACAUCCUCAGCCACACUGGGGAGAGAAAGUUCCAGUGCCUGGAGUGUGGGAAAAGAUUUACCCUGAAGCGUUCUCUUGACAGACACAUCCUCACCCACACCGGGUCCCCCGAGUGCCCAUGAGGUACAAACAACUGCGGUCAAAGGGAAAGAUUGCCGUCCUGAAGAGAGCCCUCGGAUACACUGGUAACACUGCUUAGGGUGUAACUUUAGACCCCAGGCUUGGGGCCAUUGCACUCACCAAACAAUGAAACAAGAAAAUGCAGAAAACAGGGAGAGAAAGUUCCCAGGCCUGCAGUGUGGGAAAAGAUUUGCCCUGGCAAUACCAGUGGUGACUUGUGGGUGUGGUGUGGUGACUGGCCACAACAUUACUGCCACAAACCAGCUGGCAAUACCAGUGGUGACUUGUGGGUGUGGUGUGGUGACUGGCCACAACAUUACUGCCACAAACCAGCUGGCAAUACCAGUGGUGACUUGUGGGUGUGGUGUGGUGACUGGCCACAACAUUACUGCCACAAACCAGCUGGCAAUACCAGUGGUGACUUGUGGGUGUGGUGUGGUGACUGGCCAAAAGGUUUAUCCUGCAAUGUAAUGUUGACAAACAUCCUCACCCACACUGUGGUAAGGAAGUACAGGUGUGGUGUUUGUGGCAGUGUUUGUGUAGCAAGAGUGGUGUUGCCAGACACAUCCAAACACACCUGUGAGGGGUGAGGUGUUGUGGAUGUGGUGGUGGUGUGUGAGGGACUUGGAGUGACUAGUGUUUGUGUGUUGUUACUUUGUACUCAAGUGUUGGAAUAAACUUUUGUUGCUAGAA